AUGAGCUACCGGCGCGUCACAGCUGCCCGCCGCCAGCAGGCGAAGCGCGGGGUCGGUCUCACGGAGGAGCAGAAGCAGGAGAUCCGCGAGGCCUUCGACCUCUUCGACACCGACGGCAGCGGGACGAUCGAUGCCAAGGAGCUGAAGGUCGCGAUGCGCGCGCUGGGCUUCGAGCCGAAGAAGGAGGAAAUCAAGAAGAUGAUUGCCGACAUCGACAAGGACGGGUCCGGACAGAUCGACUUCGAGGAGUUCCUCCAGAUGAUGACGGCGAAGAUGGGCGAGCGCGACUCCCGCGAGGAGAUCAUGAAGGCGUUCCGUUUGUUCGACACGAACGACAAGGGCAAGAUUGACCUGGAGGACCUCAAGCGCGUGGCCAAGGAGCUGGGGGAGAACAUGACCGAGGAGGAGCUGCGGGAGAUGAUCGAGGAGGCCGACCGGGACGGCGACGGCAUGGUCUCGCAGGACGAGUUCAUCCGCAUCAUGAAGAAGACCUCGCUCUUCUGA